UCACAGCUACCUUCCGACCGACGCACUUCUAUUGUUUCCGUUCCGACCCGAAAGAACUCUUUUGACAGCUCGGUCAACCAGUCCCAGCUGCACUCCUUUGUUCGUUUCCCUGCGAUCUCUCACGGAACUUCGCGUCUGUACGGCGAGCUCUGAAUUAUAUCCCUCGCAUGUACCUACCAUAGGUCCAUACUCCAAACUGUAGCCCUCCUUCCAACGGUUACUAGUAGUGGACGAAACUCAACUCAGCCCUCGUUCUAGCGGUUUGUAUAGCCUUCCUCUCUGCGGUACAAAACGAAAACUCUCGUUUUGUGGCGCCUCGAAAUAAAACUCCGUCCAAAUUUAGUAGCCUCUCUUUUCACCGUCCGCACAGCACCCUCUUCGAGUCCGGAGGCCGGAAUAACAUUCCCCCGAAAUGCAACCCAUGAGAAAGCUCUCACCUCGCAGGAGCAGCGGCAGCAGCAGCAGCAGCGGCGGCGGCGGCGGCAGCAGCACUACGCGCGAGUUUCGCAGAAAUCUUAGCGGCGAAACAACUACCAGUAGCGCUAAUACCGCUGGUACUAGCAGCAGCAGCGCGGCAGAUAGUAAUGCAACGCGUAGCAGGAGCACUACGCCAUCAUUGCUCGCACGUCGCGGUCGGACGUCACCGCUCCCAACCGUGGAGCUGCCACUCCGAAGCCCGGCAACCACGGCGGAGCUACUAGCAGCGCCACUCCAGCUACAACGCGCCGCGCCGGCGGGGCCCGGCGGCGGCCCCCGCCCGUCACUACAGCACCGCGUCGCGGCGGUCCCGCCGAGCUCCGCCAUCAUCAUGCCGCCGCCGCCGCAUUACGAAGUUGCGCCGCACCGUGCCGCAAGCGGAGACGAUGCGACGGUCCCUCCGCCGCAUUCCGAAGUUGCGUGGCCGGCGUGCGCCCAAGCCUCCGCCGGGAAUCGCCGCCGCCUGGUCAAGUCGGCGACGUUCGCUGCGGAACGCGGCGCCGCCGCCGCCGCGGGAAACGAGCUCGUGCCCAACCCCAGCCGCAGCCGCAGCGACCCCGCCGCGCAUCAUCGCGCGGCGAACGCGGCGGCGACUCGAGCAAGCGCCGCGUAUGGAUGCUCCGAGCCCAUCGACGCCACCGCCACUGCCACUGCCACUGCCGGCGACAAUGGCGGCGGCGCCUCCGGCGGGAGUCAUCCUCAGCAACUACUCAAAUCGGCGACAAUGGCGGCGGCGGAUCGCAGCAGCACGCAAACUCGCAGUCCUCCGUACUCGAGCCUCCGAGGGCUGCAGGUUUGUACGCGGCAUCAGCCGCAGCAUCCGCUGCCGCAUCUGCCGCCGCAUCAGUCUGAGCCGCCACGCGCGCAGAAGCCGAUGGUUCAAGUUGCGGAACAACCGCCGCGCCACAGUGGCGAUAGCUCAUCGAAUCAACUCAAUGCUCAACACAAUGUCGGCGCAGCGGCGUCGCUCUCCGAGUCCCCUCCGUCUUCCGCGGUGGCGGCGGCCGCGCCGCUGGCUGCAGGUGCCGCGGAACGAGUGUGGGCGAGGCGCGCCGCGGAACGAGGCCUCACAGCUGCGAAAAGCCACUCUUUUAACGGCGUUAGUAGCGCUCUCCGCGCGGCGCUCUCUAACCAUUCGCCCCCUUCGACUUCCCCAUCGUCCCUUUCCCCGCCAUCGGCGCAACCGCUUUCGCAGCCCCGGUUAGACCGCCGAGGCUUCUGCGGCGCGGACCAAGCCUCGGCUUCUACGGCGGCGGCGGCGGCGGUGGCGCAUUCAUUCCGCGACACUUCGCCGAGUCCGAGUCGGUGCGCAGCGGCGCCCGCCGGCGGUCCGAUGACGAUCACGCGGCGCCGAACGAGUCCGCGGAAUGCGGCGGGAGCGGUGGUAACGUCCAGCGGCGGCGGCAUCGACGCAACGGACGGCGCGUAUUCCCAGGAAGAAACCGACGUGACAGGCCCGCAGGGCAUUCGGCGCGUAAAAACGCUUCCGCUCAGGGGGGGAGACGGGGGGCACGGCUUCUUGUGCGGAGACUCGGUCCCGUCCCCCCCCGCGUACCCCAAGCCCGCGCAUCCUUCCCCGCGCACGCAGCGCAACCUGCUGUGGCUCUGCGGACAGCCGUACUCCCCGCCCGGGUCGGCAGCAGCAGAGGCAGCAGCACGGCAAACCAGCACGGGGAAUAUCACUAGUAGUGCUACAGCAGGUGCUGCUGGUGGUGAUGGCAGCAGUGGGGGGAACAGCCAGAGCCAUUGCACUGCUUCCGCGCAUUGCGAGCUGAAGCGCGCGGGCCUGAGGCUGUCUCCGCUCUCCCCCUUCUCCCCCUCCUCCCGCUUCUCGGCGUCCUCCCCCUCGUCGCCGUCGUUGCCGCUGCCAACGUCCCCGUUACAGUUGUCCCCGCUAGUAGCAUCCUUCGGGGCGCCGUCAAGUUCUUUGCCGUCCUCGCGACUCCCGCUGCAUGCCACCAUUCCGCUCCGCAGCCAUGGCGGCUCUCCAGAGCGGCAGCGGCUGCACAACUACGCAGCCGCGCAAGCGUGCGCGCAUGCGUCCAGUCUGCGGUCGGAUUACAGCUGCCCGCGGUCUAAUCUCUGGCGGGAGGCGCACACGCAGCAGCUGAUGCAGAAGCAGCAGUCGCGUCACCUCCAGCGGCAAAGCACCACGCACCCCGGCCAUGCGUCAUCAACCAUUACUAGUAGCACUACGAGCACUGCUACGACCAGUAGUACCAUCAGUGGUACGAGUUGUCCCAACGGCCAGCCUCAUGGGCUUAACCCCCUCCGCCAUCAGCAGUACUAUUGUCCAUCUUCUGGUACUAGUAGUAGUAGUAGUACUACUACUACUGCCGCCGCUGCUGCACGUGGGGCGUCGCCUCGUUGCGUGUCGCCACGUGGCACUCACGAGACACGACACUCCGCCGGGCACGCGCGGAAUCAUUCCGCGCCGUUGUCAAUGAGGCCGUUGGGUGCUGCUGACGUGGUGCCACGUCAACGCGCGGUCUCGCCACGGUAUUAUAUGGGCAGACCUCUCAGCCUGGGGGGCGGAGCGCGUUUCGAGACAUCCCUAAACUCAGCGGCAGACGGAGCGUUCGGGCGCAGGCGCGUCGAAGGCGGCACGGCAAGAAUGGUCUCGCCCGUGUUGCUAGUCGCGCAACGGCUGGAGGUGUGGUUCGAAGAGGCCACAUCAGCAGGGUCGUGGGCACAGCCUCGCGGUUCGCUUGCCUCUGCUGCGUAUGAAGCUGUUACUAAUGCCUGUUACUAACGCCUGUUACUGACGCCUGUUAGGAAUGCCUGUUAAUGACGCCUGUUACCAACACCUGUUACUAACGCCUGUUACUAACCCCUUGUUUCCUGCCGCGCUGCCUGUUCCUCCUGGGCGGUUGGUGCUUUCUAAACCGAGUCAAAACCCUCGUGCACACCCUAUAUUGGUGGUGGUAAACCACCAGAAUCUCAGCGCAAGCCUAGUCGCGCAACAGCAAGAGCGGGAGCAGUGAGGGGAGGGGGAGUACCGUGGAGUCUAGCAGGGAGGAAGGCGGAAUCAGAAAUCCAGCCUGCCUUAGUGGGAGGAACGGAGGAGCCUCAUUAUGCAUAAGGAGCGGUACACCCACCAACGCCUGCAAACCAGCCAACACUACCUUCAAACGAGGAUGGCACGAACCAGCCCUGCCCUGACAGUAGCCCCCACAGAAGCAGAGGGACAUAGGAAGGAGGGAACUCAAAUGCAAGUUUUCUGGAGGGCACACUAGGAUGCUGCCUGUGCUUAUGACAUCGCACUACUUUGGCCCCAAGCCAGCUCUCUGCUAGCUAGCUCUCUGCUAGCUCUCUGCAGAGGCAAUGCAGCAAGUGGGACAAGACAAGGAAGCAUUGGUACUGUAUUGGAGUUCCCUACAAAUGCUAUUUGCCUUCUGAAAUGGUGUGAAUUGGUUUA